UCCGCCACCGUAGGCUACGUCAGAUAUAAAAACAGUUUGCUGUCUCGCAGCUAGUCGCUUGUACAGACAACAUGGCCUUUACUUUGUACUCUCUUAUUCAAGCAGCAGUUCUUUGUGUCAAUGCUGUAGCUGUGCUGCACGAAGAAAGAUUUCUCAGUAAAAUUGGCUGGGGGGUCGACCAGAGUGUCGGAGGGUUUGGGGACGAGCCGGGCGUCCGAGCGCAGCUGAUGAACCUCGUCCGCUCUGUGAGGACCGUGAUGAGAGUGCCGCUGAUCGCCGUCAAUUCAAUCUGCAUCGUGCUGCUGCUUCUGUUCGGAUGAAGUGGAGUGACAGAAGAUGUCAGGAGACCACAACCAUCAUCUCAGGAAAACUCCUCUGAAGAAACAAUUUUUUUUUAUAUCUCUGACAGAAUGUGUCCUGUCAUCCGGAGUAUGAAAGCUGUCAUGUACUAUUCCACAUCAGUUCAUGGGACAUUUGUUAUGGCUUGCUUUAUUAAGCACAUGCAUUCACUGUAAUACAAUGUGCAGCUAUUUAAAGUGGUUAACGUACUAGUGAAGACCUGAACACCAACUGUCCUGUGAUGGAGUGACCCGACUGUAAAAAAAUAAAUAAAUGUGAUUCUG